AAACAUGUCCGCCCUCAGAAUACGGGACCCCUAGUUGUCCUACCUCUACCAAUCACAUACCGCUUGUAAACAAAACACGUGGUUGAGUCGCUGUGGAAGUGAAUGGUUGUGAUGCCGGUGACGUGUAGUUUGCCUGUGUUUUUUCGAACGUAGCACGUCUACAAUGUGUGCUGCCUUUUAGUGCGGUCGCUUCCGUCGUGCGCGUCGCGUUUAGAUCUAGUCAAGCAAAAGCAACUAAGAUGAAGCUUCAAGAGAUUGUCAGGUUACUACUCGCUGGAACCAUCGUCGGCAUUUGCAGCUCACAGAAUGACUCCGAACAAGACGAGACGCCGGCUCAAGUUCUACACUACCGAAAGCUUUUCAAGCUUCGUCGGCAAGAGAGGCUGGAAGCCGUGAAGAGCAUACUAAAGCUGGACAACAUGGAAAAACAAGCCAAGCUCGUCAACAUCGUUUUAGGAAAAAUCGCAGAGGUGCUCACGGCAUCCAAAGUGAAGCUGGAGAACUCUGACUACAUUCCGGGGGGCAACUUCCCCCACGACGACGAGACUAGGGAUGCCCUCUCCCAGGUCCUCGAGAACACGGCGUUUUUCGGGGAGAUUGUGCUGCGUCUGCCGGACAUCUCUCACGCUGUGCUGGGGGAGAACAAGGUUAGCGCCCUGAUGGUCCACUGGGCGGUCGGGUUCGCCAACUCGACGGGUUUUUACGACGACACGACGACCGAGCUCAUUGGCCUGGUUGCUCAAGAGUUGGGGCUGGUUGACAAGGACCCCAGUUACCACAACCCGUACGCUGCCAAACACGCAAAGGUGACGCAACCCGCGGCAGCGGAAGAAGCUCGGAAGCCCAAAAAGCCGAAAAAGAAAAUCCAGCGAGGUCCAAGACUGAGCAGGAAAGAGCUGUGAUCACCAAUCAAUCACCUUUUUUUUUAACGACCGAGGUGACUCGCCAUUUGCACCGGUACGCACUGCACCCUACAUGUCAUUCCAUGUUUGCCGUAGAGAGCAAAUCUUCACUUCUGUGUUUACACAUUUCCAAAGUCACGCCACGCUCUCCAAGCGUCAAUGGCGUCGCCCAUCACCAAUCUGAAGUUUGUUGCCCAACUGUUUGUGAUAAAAAGUGUUGUUCUAGUGGUUGCAUUGGUAGGUGGUGCUCCAUAGACCAGAUGACAAAAUUCUGGCGUUCUCUUUUGUGCGCCUGAAACGCUUGGGGGUUUGGGUGUUACACGAUCAGACAAGGCAGGGCUCCUGUCUGUGUCCAUGUUGUCACCCUAAUCUGUGUACCAUAUAACCAACCCACUUACCCCGACUUCAACGCUUGGAUUUCAACAGGUUUGUUUGGUCAGUCUGUUCCUAGUUUUCCGCUCUGCCAAAAACUGAGGACGAACAUUCUCGGAACAAAAUUUUGUCCUGGUCGGUUCGAACUGUAAACACGGAACGCUAUAGAUUUGACUGUGGCUUGCACAAGUUGAGACAAUCGAAGGGUGUCGACGAAUUAUUGGCAAAACGUUUCUCUGGGUUACCACAGCAACAUAUCUUCAGCAAGUGUUGCUGGGACACAAGGCUGCAAAAAUAGCAUCAAACUCAAGUCUGGCCCCAUUUUUUUUUUAGUGCAGUUUGAAGCAAACUUUUUUUUUUAACAAAAGCUGUUUUUAAAUUUGAAAAAGCUGUUAAAAAUCUGGAUGCAAAUACCUUAACGAUAUUGUCUGCAAAGUUUUGUUUUUUCUGGGUAGUGGGAGCUAUGUAACCGCAUAUUAAAAUUUUGCUGUAGCCUUGCCCCCAGCUGCACGCCAAGUGCAAGAGAGGAAAGAGAAAAAUUAGCGCAAGUGACAAAGUCGGAUGAUUUUAUCCCACGACACCUUAGAUAACAGGCAGCAGAGAAGCUGGCCCCAUGCAGCGAUUGCUGUAACUCUUUCUAAUACACAAGUGGUUUAGACUAAACUGCCCAACAUCACAGCACCAACUGACUUCAGGAGUCAGAAAGCUACAGACCUUUUCAUCUCUGUAGUUGCCCACUCGCCGCCAUUAGGUUGCUUCAAUUUGGUUGGCUUCGGUUUCAAUGCAAGCACGGCUGUGUUGCUGAUUUUUACGGCGGAGCUGUUAAGGGCAAGUUUCCCCAGGAUUGUGUGCGGUACCAAACAAAUGUCAACACCCGCGGCCGAUACAACACUGGUUGCCGCCGUCGCUCCUUGAUGGCGGUAGCUGUCCUGAGUGUUCAUUGUUGUUUCUGCUUAAUUUUGGAAUACAGAUGAGCCUCUUGAACACAAAACUAAUUAAAUAGUGGUACUGAGCCACUCUGAGAACCACGAAGUGAUUUCGAACCGAAAUUGGGGGCUCUUUGGCAAACAGAUUUGAUGCUUCCAAUAUCACCUAAAGAAGCGCUAAAAAUUGCGGCAGCUUAGCUCGGCUAUACGUAGCGUGAGCUUAUGCGCACAAAAUGAGAGGCGCUAUUAAGCGGCUCCGGUGCAGCGUCAGACUUGGCUACUGUGCAAUGGAGGCGCACAGCUGGGCACACGGUGGCACCAGUAUGUCUGCCGCAGCCACGACGUCACUCCUUUGGAAUGUGCAGACAGGCAAGGCGGGCGCGGCGGCGUCGUCUCUGGCGUGCCAGCUGUGUGUUGUGCGACGUCACUGGUCCUCGCACUUGCGCAGCACGGCUCUUUGGGAGCCAGGCGAAACUGCUCAACCUCGGCCAGUGUAGCUCACGCUACAAAAACACAAGGACGAGGAAGUAGACAGACAAGACCGCUUUUGUCUGUGUACUUUCUCGUCCUUGUAUGUUUUGCGCUUCUUUAGGUGCUCAUGAACCAACUGACCCAAAUUGCUACCUUAAUGCAGUUUAAUUUCCAACUAUGUUCAUAAUUAAUUUUGCCCAUGUUCGGUGGUAAAACGCCCGAGCUGAUGAGGUUAUUACCAUCAUCUGCUACUGUAUCCACUCACAGAAGUUUCCAAAAAAAAAAAAAUAAACUAAUGAAUAGACAAAUACACAAAUUCAUGGUGAAGCAGUUUGGCAGCCUAAUUAUCAGUGUGCUGAAUCAAAAAGAACAUGUGAACUUGCAAGUUAUGUUUGGUUUUCGUGGGCACCACCAUUUUAACUUUUUAGACUAGGCCGAGUAGAACAUUUUUGAAUUUUCAACCCUUCUAAAGUACUUAACGUUUCACAAUAAGUAUUUACACUUAGUCACUAUAUCUACACGGGUUGAAGCAACCCAAUGGCAGUCGUGUCACGCGGUUUCAAGAUGGCAGCGUCCAUGCGACUGAGUGUGAAAAGGUCUAUAGUAGGCCACUCCCAUUUAUUUUUUUAUGCUUCAGCAGCUUAACUAACACACCCAGCAUCUCGCAGCUCAACCUUCAAGGACAUACUUCGGCUUUGGGAGCAUAUGUGUAGGUGUAAAGCCCCUCUAUACAUAAAAGAAAGAAGAUUCAUUGUUCAAAAUAUUCUUCCUCACCAGUGCCUUUGCUAAAAAAAUGGCUUCGUACAGCCCAGGAGAUAAGGGCCAGGAGGGGAGGAUUCUCACCAUUUUUUUUCAUUUUACAACCAGGAAGGUGUUUUGGCAGACAGAAAGACGACGGCACUCCACUUCUUUUUGUUUUUCAAUGCUGACGUGAUUCUUUAUUUACAACAUGCAUUGUUAGAUCACUAAAAACGACGUCGCACCACACACCGCCGUCUCCUUUCCUGCGAGGCCGCGUCGACGACCCUUCUUUUCCGUUGUCGCGCCAUGUGUCCAGACGGGGUGCACCACAAGCGUCGCCGAUCGCGCGUCGUGGUUGACAGAGCGGACGAACCGACGCCGCUGGGCCAGCCAGCAACGUGCGCCGUCGGAAAAGAGAAAACAGGCCGGCUUUCCCGAACCAUUUCGCACGGGCAUCCCUGUCCGUUUGCGACUUAGCCGUCGCGCCCUCGGCGCGGCAUCUCGCGCACUUCGUCGCCCGGCUGAGAGCUUCCGGCACGAGAGAAAGAUGGAGGCAGUAGAACGACAUUAAAAGGCGUUAAAAACCUGGCGAGCAUAAAGCGUUUCAGACCGCCACUCGAAGAAAAUGGGACCCCAUCUGGUUAAUCGCAACUCGUUUUAAAAAGAAAAAAAAAAAAAAAAAAGAAAAGGCUCGAA